UCUGUCUAAAUGUCUCCACACGAGGGCACAUGAACGCAUCCCACCCGCUCAUAUCCACCCACCCAGUCGGUCAUCUAAUGUGCGUCCAUGCAGCCAUCACUGUGGCCUCUCCACCACUGGGAAAGGUCGGCAUGCGCAGCGGCAUAGCGGCCUCCUGCUGUGAGAGGUGCUUCUUGACGUCUACCAGGGCUUGGAAGCCUUGGAAGCCACUGAUGUGACGCAGAGACACGGACGGCACAUACAAGAAAGAAAUGAUCUUGGCGUGUGUUGUGUGGUUCUUACUCGUUGAGUGCCUUGACGACGGGCGGCUGGGCAGCAUCGACCAUGCGCACACUCUGCCCAUGGAGACACACAUAGACAGACAGACAGACAGAUUCUUGGCCAUGUGUUUAGCUACCUCUUUGAUGAUGUCACAUGCCGUCUUGGCCCUCUGCUGCCACUCCUCACGCUGAGCGGUGAUCUGGUCACGCAACAGCUGCCAGACAGAGCAAGCAAGGAAGGAAGAGAGAUACAUGUGAGAGAAUGGAUGGAUGUGCGUGUGGGUUCGUGUCAGGGCGUGCCUGUUUUUCUUCCUCGAUUUGGCUCAGACUGCGUUCCUCGUCCGCCUGCUCCUUCUCAACCUUGGCUAUCGUCGCCUGCACACACACACACGCAUAGAUACAAGAAGAACGUCCAAUUGUCCAUAUAUCCACGUGUCUGUGUGGCCCACCCACCCACCGACCUGUGUCUCCUUGUUGAUGUUGUUUAUCUCCUCCUCGUGCUGCUUCUGCAGCCGCUGCAGCUCAUCCACGUGACGCUCAUACCGACAGUGAGACCGGUCCUUGGCCUACACACACAGAGAGAGAGGGGGAGAGGGGUGAACGCAAAUGGUGCGCGGCGUGUGUGUGGGUGGAGUGUACCUGUUGGUUUUGUUUGAUGGUUUUGGUCAUGGCGUCGAUGGCCCUCUGCAGCUCAUCCGCCUCAGCACUCAACUGAUUCAGGCAAACACACCUUCCACACAGGGCACGACCAAACCUACCUACCUACCUACCUUGCUAUGGUGUUGGGCCGUUUUGUCGCACUCCUCUGUAAAGGAUGUGGCAGCUGAGGAGGAGGGCGGCGACUGACCGAUCCAUCAAAACUGGUGGGUGAGCAGCGAUUCAUGUUCUCUGUCAUGUAUCUCUUGGAUGCUGCCUGUCAUCAUCUCUGAUACACACAUUAGUUCAGUUGAUCCAUGCCUUGGUCUUUUUCCCCGUGUAGCCCUGCCUAUCUCCGUCCCUCCCUCCUUCUGUCCGUAUGUCUGUGUGAAUAGAUAUCCUCCCGUCCUCGUGGCUGGCUGCCUGUGCGUGGGGCUGUGGUUGUGGACAGUUGAAUUUCGCAUCUGUCACAUUCACGACAGGGAAGUCACUCAGUCGUGUGUGCAGUCCAGGCGGACACUCACAUGUCUUAAGACACAUGCAUCUCAAACAACGAGUGUGUAUCAUGCAUCUGUGGGUGUACACCCAUGGCCGCACACACAUGAAAGAAAACAGUGCAGGCAGGCAGGCGAACAGUGAUCCAUCCAUCCAUCCAUCCACCCCAUGCACACACGCAAAUGGAAAAGACGUAAGCGAGGACUCAUGUAAGACACAACUCAUGUGCCGACAAACCACACAAACGACUCAGACUUGGUCAGUCAGCCAGUAAAACGGGCCGCCCUCUCGGCUGCCUGAGUGCGUGUGCGUGUGUCUUCUGACGGCGUCAGGACGAACCUCUUGGACCGCCAAUCGAUGAGUGGCGACCACUGCAGCGUCUGCAACCCACAUACCCAAUACUUGAAUAACGAAUCAGACCCUGCACAAAGACCUCACUCAGCAGAGAAGGUGCCGAAGGACGAGAAGCACUCGAACGCUCCAUGGCCAUCGUCCGUCCCCGGCACGCGUCCCCGGCACACGGUGGAAAUCAUUCUUCCGCGUCGUGAGGAGGGCCGAGCACGAUCUUGUGGACCUCAACCUGCGCACUACGCAUGGCAUUUCGACGCUGAUUGCCCAGCCUGCGUGGAGAAGAGCGAACAGCACAGCCCACAGAGAAUCAAUUAGCGCAUUGCGUGAGGUGUUCACUGUGUGUGUGUUGAGUUGAUUGCCCACGUUGUUCCUCAAUAUCCUCCCACGAUAAAUCGCCGCCUCAUGCGUCAGAUGCCCUUCUCUGCUCGUUGCAAGCAGUUGUCCUUGCGCAUCCGCUUCAUGAACGUCCAGAUUUGUUCUUCAUAACACCCCGGCGCCGCUGAAUAGGGAAUUAGGCUCCACGAGUGGAAAAACUUUGCGAGCUUGAUGCGACA